AAUCAUCAUCGUCCAUCCGCUCUUGUUUUGGAGUUCCAAAACAUCGGGAUGAAGUUGGUCGGCCAGCACAGUAUUGGUUUUUGCUACUGUAGUGGAAGGAGUUGUGACUUGAAACCAAAAUACAACCCUGACAGAACUCAUACGGCUGGGAGUUGUAGAGAAUGUUUGCUGGAUAUGAGGCACUGGAAGAGUAUGAAGAUGAGCUCUACCGGGAGGCAGAGAACUCCAGUGAGUCGGGGCCAGACAGUGAGGUGGAGUUCCAGCUGUACAGCCAAGUACACUAUUCCAUGAAGCUGGAUGAGCCAGGAUCAGGCGAUAGAGAAAAAGAGAGAAAUCAGCCCUCUGCUGCAACAUUGCUGGAGAAAAGGAAUGAUAUCAUUGUCAUCUCCGAUAGUGAACCCAUCCUUAUUUCAGAUGCUGCGGAGGUCGUCAUAGUAUCGGAUGAGACUGAUCUAGACAGUGUCUGCAAUAUCAAAGGAAAGCAAGGGCCAAUUUCCAAGACUGCCAAGAGGAGGUUGUUGGAUGGGCAGACUCUGCUGGAGUCCAACAGUUGCACUGAGAGGACACCCAGCUCCAAACCCUUAAGGCUGAGAGAUGCCAUCACCAUGAGCACAGGCCUCAAUAGUUUUCGAGAGAGUGUGGCAGUGGAGAAAAGCAAGAAAUACCAGGAUGGGGAAACGUCAGACAGCGAUGAUUCGGACCACGUGGAGAGCUGGAUGAUUCUAGGCAGGGCCAAUCAGGAUGGUGACAACACCAUCCUGCUCAAUCUGGACGGGAGUAGCGCGUCAGAAAACGAAGCAG